CGUCGACCCAAUCCCCGCAAAUCCCCCCUCCUCCAACCCAUUGCGUCUGGAUUGAGGGCUCCCCCGCCUCGCCUCCUCGUCCUCGUCCUCAUUCCUCACUCCCCGCUCACCCGAAUGGCUACCUCCUUCACUCGCCUCGCGGGCAGCGCGCCCAAAAGGCUCUGCCUCCGCCCCUCUCCCUUCGCCUCCAGAAACGCUGCUAUCCCCAGAUGUCGCUCAAUUGCCACGUCGCUGCCUCGCCGGCACGCCGAGCCGACCAGCUACCAGGCCACCCGCCUCAUUCCGACCGACCCGACCUUCACAUCGCUGGCUAACAAGGAGGGCCCUACCGAGGCCCAGGUCGGCGCAGCUCUCGAGUCCGAGGACGAGGGUGUCGGCCGCAAGAUCCGCCAUUACACUGUCAACUUCGGUCCUCAGCAUCCGGCCGCGCACGGUGUGUUGCGUCUGAUUCUGGAGCUCAAUGGCGAAGAGAUCGUCCGCGCCGAUCCCCACGUCGGUCUGCUACACCGUGGUACCGAGAAGUUGAUCGAAUACAAGACCUACAUGCAGGCCCUGCCGUAUUUCGACCGGUUGGACUAUGUUUCCAUGAUGACCAACGAGCAGUGUUUCUCCCUGGCUGUUGAGAAGCUGCUGAACAUCGAGAUCCCCGAGAGAGCCAAGUACAUCCGCACAUUGUUCGGCGAGAUGACCCGAAUCCUGAACCACCUCAUGUCCGUCCUUUCCCACGCGAUGGAUGUUGGUGCUCUGACGCCUUUCCUGUGGGGUUUCGAGGAGCGUGAGAAGCUGAUGGAAUUCUACGAGCGUGUCUCCGGUGCCCGUCUCCACGCUGCCUACGUCCGCCCCGGUGGUGUGUCCCAGGAUAUCCCCAUUGGUCUGCUCGACGACAUCUACCAGUGGGCCACUCAGUUCGGUGACCGCAUUGACGAGACCGAGGAGCUGCUCACGGAUAACCGUAUCUGGAAGGCCAGAACCCAGGGUGUUGGUGUUGUGCCGGCUGCUGAUGCGCUGAACAUGAGUUUCACCGGUGUCAUGCUGCGUGGUUCCGGUGUCCCCUUCGAUAUCCGCAAGUCCCAGCCGUACGAUGCGUACGACCAGGUCGAGUUCGACGUGCCCGUCGGUGUCAACGGUGACUGCUACGACCGUUACCUCUGCCGUAUGGAGGAGUUCCGUCAGUCCCUGCGCAUCAUCGUCCAGUGCCUGAACCAGAUGCCCGCCGGUCCCGUCCGUGUCGAGGACUACAAGAUCUCCCCCCCGCCCCGCGCGGCCAUGAAGGAGAACAUGGAGGCUCUGAUCCACCACUUCCUCCUGUUCACCAAGGGUUACUCCGUCCCCCCCGGUGAGACCUACUCCGCCAUCGAGGCCCCCAAGGGUGAGAUGGGUGUGUUCCUGGUCAGUGACGGUACCGAGCGGCCGUACCGCUGCAAGAUCCGUGCUCCCGGUUUCGCUCACCUGGGUGGUUUCGACCAAGUGUCCCGUGGUCACUUGCUGGCCGAUGCUGUUGCUAUCAUCGGAACGAUGGAUCUCGUGUUCGGUGAAGUCGACCGGUAGAAUUGGAUGGGACCGUUCUGAUCUCCAGGAUCUGUUAUUAUAACAACAGCUACGCUCCAGCUUAAGAACAACAUACACAUGACCCCUGGUGGAUUGGUGCAAAAUCUCGUUUAGACAUGCAGAUAUACCAAGAAAGAUUAAUUGUUCCUACCUACCUACCUACCUACCCUUGUGUGCAAGUUGAGUUGUGUUGUGUAACAGGUACCCUGUCGGUCAUUCAAACCAACUCACUCAAUUCCUCCGCUGUCUGUAUUUUUUUUUUAUCUUUUGACCUGGCGUUUGAAUUUCUUUUUGUCCGUGUCUGUGUCUGUGUCUGUAUCUGUUACAGUGAUCUAUCUACCUACCUACCUCCCUACCUACGUCCCAUGACUUGUGUGUUUCUUUUCUUUUCUUCUCUUUUCUUUUUAUCUUGCCAUAACCCUGUGUAUAGUGUCUCGAAACAAACAAAUCUGUUGAUGAAAGUUGUG